UGUGUUGAUGAUCACCCCCAGUGUUCCCAGAAGAUGACUGCUCCUUUCCCAACGCGUUUGAUAGAUGUUGGCUCCACUGACAGGGAACCAUCACUUUACAUCUCAUCGCUGGGAGAACAAGGAAUCUACGUGGCGCUCAGUUACUGCUGGGGAAUUCCGAAACAACCUGUAAUGCUAACGAGGGUGAGGUUGGCAUCUAAGGAUCACACGUUACCAUUGUCAGAACUUCCACCCACACUGAGAGACGUGAUCUUGAUCUGCCAGCGGCUUAGUUUUCAAUAUGUUUGGAUUGAUGCACUUUGCAUCGUACAGGAUUCAAUUAAUGACGAGGACUGGUUAAAAGAAGCUGCUAAUAUGCCCAAUAUCUAUGGUGGUGCAACACUCACCAUUUCUGCAUCGGCCGCCAAACAGACUAGCGACGGCGUACUUUCUGCAAGCUUUGUUCCGACCAAGUUUAGCUGCGCCUUACCUUAUAACCUCGGCAAUAGUAAGAUUGGAACCGUAUACGUCGUCCCAUACAAGAUGAGGCUUUCUCCCUUCAUCUCCAAAGAGGCACCGGAGCCUCUCGAGACACGAGCCUGGUGUUUGCAAGAACGCCUCCUGUCGCCCCGCAUCCUUAAAUUUGAAACUUCGCAGCUUGUAUGGGAAUGUUUCUCUACAAAACUCAACGCGAAUGGUCCGAUGCAAAGCCCGUCAGACCUGUCGAAAAAAGCAAGGUUUGACUGGAAAUACAUUAUCCGAGAUUUCACUGGAAGGAACUUGACCUACACCUCUGACAAAUUACCGGCACUCUCCGGAUACGCUAGACAUAUCCACUCCUUAACGGGGGAUAUAUAUCUAGCAGGUUUGUGGAAGAACGAUAUCAUGUCCCAGCUACUGUGGUGGAUCAAUAUUCGAUCCACCGCCAUCAACCCUCGACCAUCAACAUACCGUGCCCCGUCCUGGUCAUGGGCAUCG